CUAUUUUAAAAGCAGCCUUUUUUUUUCUCUUUCUUUCUAUUUUUAAACAUGUCAGAACGAUCAAGACAUAUGAGAUCACCUUCACCUGAAAGACACAGCAAGCGUCAUUAUUCACGAUAUCGCAGUGAUUCAAGAGAAUAUGAAAAACGUGAUUCAAGAGACAGACGACAGAGAUCAGAUUCAAGAGAUUAUAGCCCAAGAAGAACGUCAAGAGAUUAUAGUCCAAAAAGAAGAAGAAGUGUUUCAAGAGAUGAAGAUUCAAGAAGGAGAAGAAGUGUUUCAAGAGAUGAAGAUUCGAGGAGAAAGAGAUAUAGUAGACAUCAACAAGAGCUUAAACCUAUCAAUAAUAUUCCCAUAUUACCAGGAGAGAGCUUUAGCGACUAGUAAAUAGAAUGUGUUGUCAUUUGAAAUCACAGCUAAUCAUAUUAUAUAUCCUAGUCGAACGCGUGUACGUAAUGAAUCAACAGUGACUAUUUGGGCACCGUCUCCAGAACGUCCUCGUUCGGUUAGUCCAGAGGAAAGAAGACGUAAAAGAAGUAUAUCAUAUUCUGAUGAUACAAGUAGUGAUGAAGAAGAAGAGCGUAGACGAAAGCGUAAGAAGCAUCAUAAACAUAAAAAGAGUAAGAAGAGAAGU